CGCCUCUCCCAGGCCGAGUAAUGUUGUUCAGUUUCCUGCGCUCCAAUUUCAGCAAUCCGCUUUAUCGAUGUCUUCGGCGACUCGAGUUUGAUUCUAGAUUUCGACACCAGAGUGCUUAUGUUCGUCACACCACUUGAAAUUACAGCACUGGAUUGAUGUGACAGGGUACAGCCAUGAUCGCUGCCGUCCCAAUAUUCGACGAGACAGUUUAUCGACGGAUUGAAUGGAUUGUCGAAGAUUCAGGCACAUUGCAUGAAUGGCGAGAAAGCAAAGUGUUGGGAAAUCGUAAUCUGCAGGACUCCAUCCUAGGAGAAUUAGGCGGUAUGGACACAGUCGUGCAUUAAUUCAGCGCCAGUUGCUGUUAAUGUGAUGGAAGUGGUUCCGCAUUCAGUCCCCGGCUUUGCAUCGAAUUAAACGGGGCAAAGCCCAACUUCGCAGCGCCAAAGUGAAUUUGCGCUAACGGCUAUUACCACACCAGCGCUCACAAAUGAACCAUUGGGUGGGACUAUGACGCUUCAA